AUGGCACCAGCGGCCACCGCAUUCAAUUCGGUUCUCUUGGCCGCUUAUGUCGUUGUGGUUGCUCUUCUUUCUGUGCCCGCGGCAACCCGCGUUUCGGCUCAAGGUUUAGAAAUGGCGCCGUCCCCUGGCGAUCUUGCUGGACACCGGAUCAGCUCCCUCUUUGGACGUCACAAUUGGCGAAGAGCAUUGGAUAAGAGAAAAAUCAUCAUCUUCCAUUGCAGAGACCCUCACAUCCACCAAUCCUUCUCCACCACCAGAAGACCGCCACCAUGGCAACUUCACUCUCACCAUCGACCAUCCUCUCCUCCACCGCCGCCGGCAAAUCGGCCCAAGCCCUCUCACCGUCGCCACCAAAACUCACAUCUCAGCCCACCCCAACAAACACCCCUCCCCUGGCUCGGCCGCCGGUCUUGCCGCCACAGCCCUUGCGGCGGCCACCGUGCUCGCCACCGUGCCGCCUUCCUAGCCGAAUCGCCACCAGCGACCUACCGUGUCUACUACGGCACAGCAGCCAGUGCUGCCAACUACGGGGGCUAUGGUGGCAAUGCCAGCAAGCAGGACACGGCCGAGUACGUGUACGACGUGCCCGACGGUUGGAAAGAGCGGCUGGUCUCGAAAGUGGAGAAGGGCACCAACGGGACGGACAGCGAGUUUUGCAACCCCAAGAAGAGGACGGAGAAGGAGUACCUGACUUUCCUUGCCGGGUUUAGGCAGUUGGCUCCCAAAGACGCCGUCUUGAACAAUUUGGCUCUGUCCGACGUGGAGUUGCAGGACCUCAUCGCCAGUGCUGACAACAUAUCAUCGGUGGAGAAGAAGGAUGAGAAGGGGCAGCUGUAUUACGUGUACGAGAUCGAUGGGGUUGGUGCUCACAGCUUAAUCUCUGUAACCUGUGCCAAUAAUAAGCUCUACGCCCACUUCGUGAAUGCGCCCGCUCCUGAGUGGAAUCGGGACCAGGAGACCUUGAGGCACAUUCACGAGUCCUUCAAAACCGUCGGAUCGUAGUAGGACUUCUUUCCUGAGAGAAAUUUGUAUUCUGGGUAAUGAUUUUUGUAAGCUCUUUUGAGUUUUGACGAUGUAAUCUGUUAACUCCAUAUACUCGUAUCAAAGUUUUAUAAACCAGUCGCACCGCAGCAAUGUCUA